GUGCCAGGCACUGGGGGUGCCCCGGGGGCGAGAAACAACUCAUUAAUUUCUACCAGUGCCCCCAGGAGCUUGGCGCGCGCAGCCGGAGCGGACCCCGCACUCCGAGCCCACCCGCUGCCCGGCCGCCCAGCCCGGGGGUGCCGAGCGCCUCCCGCUCAGCCCUCGGGACGCCGGCGGGGGACCCGCCCCACGGGAUCCAGCCUCGAGGGUUUAAUCCGGGUGGGGAAGGCAGGGAAAACGGCAAAACACAAAAAGGCAGAAACCGAACCCCAGUCUGCACUGGGAAGCCGCUCCCGGCAAGUGCGCAAGGCGGAGCCGGAGCCCGGCCCGCCGGGAGAGCGCCGAGCCCGGGAGCGGGAGGGAGAGCCAGGCGCCCGGGGCGCGGAGGCGGCCCCGGCGGGCGGAGGGCGCGGCCGGCGGGAGGGGCCGGGGCGGUGCCGGGAGGGGCGCGCACAGCGGCGCGGCCGCCCGGCCCAGCAGGUGACCGCGGGCCGGCGCCGGAGCCGGAGCGGAUCGGUGCGGCGCGGGCGGCGAGGCGGGGAGCCGGCUCGCGGGCUCGGGCCAAGUUUGCCGGAACAUGGCGGCACAGCCCGGGGAGUGCAGGAGCGCGGCGCGGCGGCGGCCGGCGCCCCGGGAGCUGUAGCCGCCGCAGCCGCCGCCGCCGCGGCCGAGGGCGCCGCCAUGGCCCGCUGGAUCCCGACCAAGAGGCAGAAGUACGGGGUUGCGAUCUAUAACUACAAUGCCUCUCAAGAUGUGGAGCUCUCCUUGCAGAUUGGAGACACAGUUCACAUCCUGGAGAUGUAUGAGGGUUGGUACAGAGGAUAUACCCUCCAAAAUAAAUCUAAAAAGGGUAUUUUCCCUGAAACGUAUAUCCAUUUGAAAGAGGCGACUGUGGAAGACCGAGGGCAGCACGAAACUGUGAUUCCUGGUGAGCUCCCCCUGGUGCAGGAGCUCACGUCGACCCUGCGAGAAUGGGUUGUCAUCUGGCACAAGCUCUAUGUGAACAGCAAGGUCACGCUCUUCCGCCAGCUGCAGCAGAUGACGUACAACCUGAUCGAGUGGCGGUCCCAGAUCCUGUCUGGAACACUCCCCAAGGACGAACUGGCAGAGCUCAAGAAGAAGGUCACAGCCAAAAUCGAUCAUGGAAACAGAAUGCUUGGGUUAGAUCUAGUAGUGCGAGAUGACAACGGGAACAUCUUGGACCCAGAUGAAACCAGCACCGUUGCCCUUUUCAAAGCCCAUGAAAUGGCCUCAAAAAGGAUUGAGGAAAAGAUCCAAGAAGAAAAGUCAAUACUGCAGAACCUGGACUUGCGGGGCCAGUCCAUCUUCAGCGCUGUCCACACCUACGGCCUCUAUGUGAACUUCAAGAACUUCGUCUGCAACAUUGGGGAGGAUGCAGAGCUGUUCAUGGCCCUCUAUGACCCGGACCAGUCCACUUUCAUCAGUGAGAACUACCUAAUUCGUUGGGGCAGUAAUGGGAUGCCCAAGGAAAUAGAGAAGCUUAAUAACCUUCAAGCGGUCUUUACUGACCUCAGCAGCACAGAUCUUAUCCGGCCCCGCAUCAGCCUCGUGUGCCAGAUUGUCCGGGUGGGCCACAUGGAGCUGAAGGAGGGCAAAAAGCACACCUGUGGCCUCCGAAGACCUUUUGGAGUAGCAGUGAUGGACAUUACUGAUAUCGUCCAUGGGAAGGUAGAUGACGAAGAGAAGCAGCAUUUUAUUCCCUUUCAGCAAAUUGCGAUGGAAACCUAUAUCCGGCAGAGACAGCUAAUCAUGUCGCCCCUGAUAACAUCCAAUGUGAUUGGGGAGAAUGAGCCGCUCACAUCAGUCUUGAAUAAAGUGAUAGCAGCGAAGGAAGUGAAUCACAAAGGACAAGGACUUUGGGUGUCCUUGAAGCUAUUGCCAGGUGAUCUCACGCAAGUUCAGAAGACUUUUUCACACUUGGUGGAUAGAUCGACAGCAAUCGCCCGAAAAAUGGGCUUUCCUGAAAUAAUACUUCCAGGAGAUGUUCGGAAUGAUAUUUAUGUCACCCUCAUCCAUGGGGAGUUUGACAAAGGGAAAAAGAAGACGCCGAAGAACGUGGAGGUGACCAUGUCUGUGUAUGACGAGGAGGGCAAGCUCUUGGAGAAAGCCGUUCAUCCAGGUGCCGGCUACGAAGGCGUCUCAGAGUACAAGUCCGUCGUCUAUUACCAGGUCAAGCAGCCCUGCUGGUACGAGACAGUCAAGGUGUCCAUUGCUAUAGAAGAGGUUACUCGCUGCCACAUAAGAUUUACCUUCCGCCACAGGUCAUCUCAGGAAUCCAGAGAUAAAUCAGAGCGAGCAUUUGGGGUGGCCUUCGUAAAACUGAUGAACCCGGAUGGCACCACUCUGCAGGAUGGACGGCAUGAUCUGGUGGUUUAUAAGGGUGACAACAAGAAAAUGGAAGAUGCUAAAUUCUACCUGACCCUGCCUGGAACCAAGGUAGAGAUGGAAGAAAAAGAGCUCCAAGCAUCCAAAAACCUGGCCAACUUUACCCCAACCAAGGAUAGCACAAAAGAUAGCUUUCAGAUUGCCACCCUCAUUUGCUCCACAAAGCUCACCCAGAAUGUUGACCUGUUAGGCUUAUUAAAUUGGCGUUCGAACUCCCAGAACAUUAAACACAACUUAAAGAAGUUAAUGGAGGUGGAUGGAGGAGAGAUUGUUAAGUUUUUGCAAGAUACGCUAGAUGCACUUUUUAACAUAAUGAUGGAAAUGUCAGACAAUGAAACCUAUGACUUCCUUGUGUUUGAUGCGCUGGUAUUUAUUAUCUCACUGAUAGGCGACAUCAAGUUCCAGCAUUUUAAUCCUGUCCUUGAAACCUACAUUUACAAGCACUUCAGUGCCACUUUGGCGUAUGUGAAACUCUCCAAGGUACUGAACUUUUAUGUGGCUAAUGCAGAUGACUCCAGCAAGACAGAACUGCUCUUUGCUGCCUUGAAAGCUUUAAAGUACUUGUUCAGAUUCAUCAUCCAAUCUAGAGUGCUCUACCUGAGAUUUUAUGGCCAAAGUGAAGAUGGAGAUGAAUUUAAUAAUUCGAUCCGCCAGUUAUUUCUUGCUUUCAAUACGCUAAUGGACAUGCCCCUGGAGGAAGCUGUCAAGAUCAAGGGGGCAGCUUUGAAGUACCUUCCUAGCAUAAUUAAUGACGUCAAGCUUGUUUUCGAUCCUGUUGAGCUCAGUGUGCUCUUCUGCAAGUUCAUUCAGAGCAUUCCUGACAACCAGUUAGUUCGCCAGAAACUUAACUGCAUGACCAAGAUAGUGGAGAGCAAUCUUUUCCUGCAGUCAGAGUGCAGAGACGUGCUGCUGCCGCUGCUCAUAGACCAGCUCAGCGGCCAGUUAGACGACAACUCCAGCAGGCCUGACCCUGAGGCGAGCUCGCAGCUUCUGAGCAACAUCCUGGAAGUGCUGGACAGGAAGGAUGUGGGCCCCACGGCGAUGCACAUACAGCUGAUAAUGGAACGGCUGCUGAGAAGGAUCAACCGGACCGUGAUUGGGAUGAGCCGACAGUCUCCCCACAUCGGGAGUUUUGUUGCUUGCAUGAUAGCCAUCCUGCGGCAAAUGGACGACAGCCACUACACCCACUAUAUCAGCACAUUCAAAACCAGACAAGAUAUCAUCGACUUCCUCAUGGAAACGUUUAUCAUGUUUAAGGAUCUGAUUGGAAAGAAUGUCUAUGCCAAAGACUGGAUGGUCAUGAAUAUGAUGCAGAGCAGGGUUUUCCUCCGGGCUAUCAAUCAGUUUGCUGAGGUUCUCACAAGCUUCUUCAUGGACCAGGCAAGCUUUGAACUUCAGCUCUGGAACAAUUACUUCCAUUUGGCAGUAGCGUUUCUCACCCAUGAGUCCCUUCAGCUUGAAACCUUCUCACAAGCCAAGCGCAGCAAAAUUGUAAAAAAAUAUGGGGACAUGAGAAAGGAGAUCGGCUUUAGAAUCCGGGACAUGUGGUAUAACCUGGGUCCCCACAAAAUCAAAUUCAUCCCAUCCAUGGUGGGUCCCAUUCUGGAGGUCACAUUGACCCCCGAAGUAGAGCUCCGGAAAGCCACCAUCCCCAUUUUCUUUGAUAUGAUGCAGUGUGAGUUCAAUUUCAGUGGAAAUGGCAAUUUCCAUAUGUUUGAGAAUGAGUUGAUUACAAAGCUGGACCAAGAGGUGGAAGGGGGCAGAGGCGAUGAACAAUACAAGGUCCUUCUGGAAAAACUGCUUCUAGAACAUUGCCGGAAACAUAAAUACCUCUCCAGCUCUGGAGAAGUCUUUGCACUCCUGGUCAGCAGCCUCUUAGAGAAUCUCUUGGACUACAGGACCAUCAUAAUGCAUGACGAGAGCAAGGAAAACCGCAUGAGCUGUACCGUUAAUGUGCUGAAUUUUUAUAAAGAAAAGAAGAGAGAGGACAUAUACAUAAGGUACUUAUACAAGCUGCGGGAUUUGCACCGAGACUGUGAGAACUACACAGAAGCUGCCUACACGCUUCUCUUACAUGCUGAGCUUCUGCAGUGGUCUGACAAGCCCUGUGUCCCCCAUUUGCUUCAGAGGGACAGUUACUAUGUUUAUACCCAGCAAGAGCUCAAAGAGAAGCUGUAUCAAGAAAUCAUAUCAUAUUUUGACAAAGGCAAAAUGUGGGAGAAGGCAAUCAAACUGAGCAAAGAGUUGGCUGAGAAUUACGAGAGCAAAGUGUUUGACUACGAGGGCCUUGGCGAUCUCCUGAAAAAAAGAGCCUCGUUUUAUGAGAACAUCGUUAAGGCGAUGCGGCCUCAGCCAGAAUACUUUGCUGUUGGCUACUAUGGACAGGGCUUUCCUUCCUUCCUGCGGAACAAAAUCUUCAUCUACCGGGGGAAGGAGUAUGAGAGGCGAGAAGACUUCAGCCUGAGGUUGCUGACCCAGUUCCCCAAUGCCGAGAAGAUGACCAGUACCACGCCCCCGGGAGAGGAAAUCAGGUCCUCCCCUAAGCAGUACAUGCAGUGUUUCACUGUAAAGCCAGUGAUGAGCCUGCCGCCCAGCUACAAGGAUAAACCAGUUCCAGAGCAAAUCUUAAACUACUACAGAGCCAACGAAGUGCAGCAGUUCCGAUAUUCCCGGCCAUUCCGGAAAGGAGAAAAGGAUCCACACAAUGAAUUUGCCACCAUGUGGAUUGAAAGGACCACAUAUACCACUGCAUAUACGUUUCCUGGGAUUCUCAAGUGGUUUGAAGUCAAACAGAUCUCAACAGAGGAAAUCAGCCCUCUGGAGAAUGCCAUCGAAACCAUGGAACUCACCAAUGAGAGGAUCAGCAACUGUGUUCAGCAGCAUGCCUGGGACCGCUCCCUCUCUGUGCAUCCUCUCUCCAUGCUGCUCAGCGGCAUCGUGGACCCGGCUGUCAUGGGCGGAUACUCCAACUACGAAAAGGCCUUUUUUACAGAAAAGUACUUGCAGGAGCAUCCUGAGGACCAGGAGAAGAUUGAGCUGCUAAAGCGACUAAUAGCGUUACAGAUGCCCCUGCUGACAGAGGGGAUCCGCAUCCAUGGGGAGAAGUUGACAGAGCAGCUAAAGCCGCUGCAUGACCGCUUGUCUUCUUGCUUCCGGGACCUCAAGGAGAAAGUGGAAAAGCUCUAUGGGGUCAUAACACUGCCGCCCAACUUGACCGAGAGGAAGCAAAGCCGCACGGGGUCUAUCGUGCUGCCCUACAUCAUGUCGUCUACACUGCGGAGAUUGUCCGUCACCUCGGUGGCUUCCUCUGUGGUUUCCACCUCUUCUAACUCGUCUGAUAAUGCUCCUUCCAGACCAGGAUCUGAUGGGUCAAUCUUGGAGCCACUUUUGGAGCGCAGGGCCUCGUCAGGUGCCAGAGUUGAAGAUCUACCCCUCAGGGAAGACAGUGAGAACCGGAUGAGCAAGUUCAAGAGAAAAGACUGGAGCCUGAGCAAGUCCCAGGUCAUUGCAGAGAAAGCACCAGAACCUGACCUGAUGAGCCCCUCCAGAAAAACACAAAGGCCAAAGAGUCUCCAACUGUCGGACAAUCGGCUGACGCCGUUUCAUGGUUCCUCACCUCCUCAGUCGACGCCCUUGAGCCCGCCUCCACUCACUCCUAAGGCUACCAGGACCCUGAGCUCCCCCUCUUUGCAGACAGAUGGGCUGAUGACUGCUCCUGUCCCACCACCCCCUCCCCCCAAAAGCAAGCCCCAUGAGAGCAGCCAGAGGAACUCCACGGAGAUUGCCCCCCCAUUGCCUGUCCGGAGAGAAGCCAAGGCCCCACCUCCACCCCCUCCAAAAGCUCGGAAGUCUGGCAUCCUUUCUUCUGAGCCUGGGUCCCAGUAAGGAUCUUGUCCGCUCUCUGGAACUCUGAGUACCUCGGAUAGCUGAUGCCUGAGAACUGGCCCGACGAGGCAGUGUCCCCAUUGCACCGGGCCCCCUGCUGACUGCCUUUCCUGACCUGGAAUAAGGUUCACCGGCUCAAAACUGCUUUUGUUCUUUUGAAGGCAUCUCUUUGAUUGAUGUCUGAGGCCAUGCCACAUCUUCUCCAGUCCACGCGGAAUUCCAGAAUUGGCCGUAUCCUGUGUGUUUCUCAAGGAGAGCUCUCCCUGGCCAUUAUUAAAUGUCAGCCUCCAGUGCGGAACCCCGGGGGCCUACAAAAGCCUGGACAAGUUCUUCCGCAGUGUUGGAACAACCCAGUAACCGACUCCUUGGAGGGAUUUCCUGCUUUGCUUCUGGAAAGCUGUGCUUCAUACUUAGUUUUCUCACGUGGACAUACCCUAUCUCGUAAAACGUUGGGAAAGACUGAUAUCAAGUACUUUGGUAGCCAAAAUAAUCUUAUCUUUCUAACAUCUACUGUGUCUCCUUUGAGGAAAGAAUAUAUUUUAAUGGAGAUUGGCUGCUUUCAAGUAUGAAUGGCUAUCAUUACUGAAAAAACAUGGACUCAGUCAUGAGCCCUGAGCUCCUGUGUCCCCCCACCCCCACCGACUUGUGACACAGGAAAGCUGCCCCAACCCUCCCGGGGGUCGCUCAUGCUCCUGACUAGUGGACUAAUGGCCCUCACCACACGGCAGUCGCUCCUUCCUACCAUGGACUCCUUUGAAGCUCUUUCUUUUACACACACAGUUUCUUGUCCUGUCCCCUCCUCUGAGCUCAGAUCACUGGAUAUAAGGGAUUAGAAGCCCAGGUUCAACAGCUUCUCUUCCAGAUCCCGUUUGGAGGGCUCAGCGGCCCCUGUCUGCAACCUGAUUUUACCCUGAAGUGCAAUAUCUCCCUUUGAUUAUUUAUUCCUCUUGAUUGUGGAAUUAAUUUGAUUACAUGUUUAUGGUACUAAUGUCAGUACUCCUUUCAGAAAGAAAAAAUGGGGUGAUUUAGAUAACAGAUAUUACCUACACCUACAUAAACAGCCGCACAAAGUUAAAGACAUUUUGAGCUGGAAGGGCCUUAAAGGCCGGACACACCACUCCCUGAUUUUGUAGAUAAGGAAAUUGAGGCUAAACACAGAAAACCCUAUGAGAGAUUCGUACCAACUCAGCUUGCUAAUUGAGGCUAUCCCCGAUAACACUUAGAUUAGCAGACAACCCUGCCAACUCUUUAAUCCCUCCCCCAGUUGGAACAGCAGUGGAGGUGUCCCCGACGUUUCUAGUCUGCUUAGGUGUUUAUGGCAAAGUAGAACACUCUUUGGGUGUGGGUCCCCCAGCUCCACAUGGGGAAGCUCACCAGGAGUCUCUCCCACCAGCGGGCCCAGGCCCCUUUCCUCUGAGGUCAAGGGAGGAGAGAAAAGGGUUUCAGCUCCGAGAAUUGGGAUUUGCUUUCCUGCCUCUUUGCUUGUGUGCCUGCGUCACCACGACCUCUCUUAGGAGAGACAUGUUCAUUCAUCAUAGGGUCUGGGAAGGAAAACCUCUGAGAUGUGUCCGGCGUUACUCAAGAAGUGAGUGUGCAUGCUUAAAAGCGGCGAGGAGAAGCUUAUUCUUCACCACCAUCCAGAAGAACCUACAAUGUGAUAUAAUGGGAAGAGCCCGGACUUUGGAAGAAAAGCCAUUCGGUGUCAGAUCAUCCCAGCUACAUCAUCUGUUAACUUUGCAAACUUCCUCAAAUUAUUUGAAAUUCUCUGAGCUUUCCUUUUUUCACCUUUCAAAAUGGGGAUAAAACCUGCCACACAGGUAUUGUGAGGUUCAGAUGAGAUCGAAUAUAUGAAGUAGCAGGUACUCAUGGCAUGGUCUAUCCUUCUCUCUGCUAGGCCUGAGUACAACUCAGAACUCUCUAAGAGCGUUGUUGACGCUCCUUGUUUUUCAAGGUAAUUUGGAAUGGGAGUGCAGGUUAGUUCCGCACAUACAGUCCGUCUCCCAAAGACGGCAUCUUUUGGAGUCUCUUUCAUAGUCACUUAUGACUAGAGACACAGUGUUAACAAGAACUGAAGAGGGCUCGAAGUGGACAGAACUCGAGAGAUUGAAGGAAGAGAAUGAAGAGGAGGGGUGGAAGGCUGAUGAGGAGCCUGGUAGACUGGUGGGAGGGGAUGCGUCUGCCUCACCCUACUUUCCAGGCUGCCAUUAAAAUAGAAAACUGUCAACUGGGUCACGAACAAGCCAAACCUAAUGCACGUCCCUUCAGUGCAGUGGAGGUGACUCCUGCAGUCUGGGCUUUGAUCAGAGGCUGGGGAAAUCUGGUCCAUCAAUGCCCAAAUACCUUCCAUUUUUUAAUAUAACGCAUUCUUCCAUAUGACCCCCUUUCCACAUUAAUGAAAUACUAGGUCUCUCCUGCCUGAAUUCAAAGCAUUCCAGGUAAUGUUGUGAAUGAUAAAUUAUAGGGGACAUUGGAAGGGUCUUCUCCUUCGGAAGCUACUGGAUUAGAAAGAGUCAUACUUGACAAAACAUCAUAAAUGUUGUCUGUCCUGAAGUCAACGAGGAAGACUGCAAAGAAAUGCCUUAUGAUUACCUUAAAUAAGGGAGCAAUGAGGGGCAGGGAAUAAAGGAGAAGAAGUGGGUUUUUUCCUGGAUAAGAACUCUGGAGCAUUGACAGACAUUGAAAGUAGCCUCCAGAUUGUCGCAACCUUUGUGGAUAUUAAUUUAUGGAAUUUUCUUUUAGUCCCUUUUUUUCUCUCUCUGUGUCCUGGUGAUUUGUCUUGCUUUGAAAUUUUUUUUCAAGAAUUGUUUCCUUCAACAUGUAUUAAGCCCUUACUGAAUGCCAGGGUGUGGCUAUUCAGUGUGUUCAGUGGGAACAGCCUUGGUGUACAAAGGCUGUGGUGUGCUGUGGGAUUGGCAAGAGGAAAGUGAAACCCUAGAUAAGGCUGCUGGAAGCUAGGUUGCCUUCUCCUUCGCCACCUUCCCAUCUUGAUUCCAAAAUUAGUCAUUUUCUCCUGGCAGAGAGACCCAUUGCAAACUGCUGCCACACCACAGACCCCUAAGAAGACACCGGAGAUAACCCAGGAUCUGAGAUACCAACCUACCUUUGCUAAGCCUUUCCGAGCUCCCUUUUCCUUCCCCUCUACUUGCCCCAGAUCAUGGGGUGAUUUCUUGUUUUAAGAUUGAGACAUAACUUACCUACUCUUAAGGGCACAAAUCUUAGGUGCACAGAUGGAUGAAAUUUUCCGUAGGUAUACACUCCUGUCACCACCUCUCGGAUCCAGACAUACACUACUUCCAGCACCUCUGUGUCCACCUGUCAUUUUGCAAAAGGUAUUUAGAAGUCCCUUCAAAUUUGUACCUUCCUUCCCCUCACUUCGAGGGUUCAAUUAAAAGGAGAGAAAAACCCCACCAUCAACACAAAACAAGACCGUAAAGAGUGUGCACCUGUUGGCAAGUCAAUUUGUAGUCAGUCCCUGGGCCGCAAUUGCCUCGUGUACAUAUAUAUGUACACACGUAUAUAUAUUUGAGGCUACAUGUCUUCAGAUCCUUUCAGCCCCUAGCUUGCUUUUAUUCUAAGUGAAUGAAAAAGAGUCAGAAGGAAACUAAGUUUCUGAGGAAAGGCUUUUAGGCUCGUGCACCAUGACCAAGGGGGAUUUUAAAAUUAAGUCGGAAAAGGUGAGUUCCUCUUUGCGUAGGUUGACAGUGGAAUCGUCAGUUCUAAUCUCCAAAAGAAAAAAGACAGUUUUCCUUUCAAGUUGAUGAUUUCAGACUGAUUCUUCUAAUCCGGUCAAGGCUGGUCUUCAGUGUAUGCUGCCCGAACUCAUCUGUCAGUCAGAUUUUGUGAGUUGUUCAUCCAAACUGUGUCAAAAACUGUUGCCAUGAUUUUGUAACCUAGUUGGGUUUCAAACGCGGACAGUUAGGAAUAUGUGCAUUGAAGCAGAAACAUUUUGUUCAGAUUUGCUGUUAUUUAUUUUUUAAAUUAAAAAUGGAAAUGUCUUUAA